AAAGAAUUAAACAAUGAUACUCUAUAAGAUAACCAGUUCCAAUUAUGUUCAUCAUGAUUAUUAGUAAAUUUGUAUUGUAAUGUGUUAUAAAAUAUGUCAUAAGAAUAUAUUAUAACUAUCAUUGUUUACAUAGUGUAACCUUGUACAGUGCUGUGAUAAUUUUGUAGAAAAACCGUUUUAAAAAUAAAAUGGAUAACAUAAUUACUGGAUGGAAACGUUACGUGUUGGUACAACCAUCUUUAAUGUUAUUAAUAUUUGCUCAAGCAAUAUCAAGUAAUAUUUUAACAGAUUUAAUAAUAUAUCGCGUUUGUAAGAUAACGUUAGAUAUAAAUAAGACUGAAUGUUUACUAUUGCAUAUAAACAGCAGUUGUGCUACAGCAUUGCAAAUAGAUGCACAAGUUCAACCCGAAGCAAGUUUAGUUUUGAUGGUGAAAACAUUUAUUGAAAAUAUUUUUCCUGCAUUCUUGUCUCUGUUUUUGGGACCAUGGAGUGAUAAACACGGAAGGAAAGCAAUCAUAGUAUUGGGAUAUAUUGGUCCAUCGCUGACAUAUUUUAUUCUAUCUUUCAUGACAUUUUGGGAUAUCAGUCCAUGGUUUUUAUUAAUUGCAUAUAUCCCAACUGCAUGUUUUGGAGGAUUCUGUAUAAUUUUAUUGGGUACUAUCUGCUAUAUUUCUGACAUAACAAAUGAACAAGAUAGAGCAUGGCAAUUAGCUUGGAUGGAAGUUUUAAUAUUUGUUGGUGUUAUUGCUGGUAUAUUGGUUGGUCCUGUUGUUUUCCAAGCAUAUGGCUAUACAAUUGUAUUUGGUUGUGCCAGUUUGUGUUGCAUUCUAGCAGGGUUGUACAUUUAUUUGUUAGUCCCUGACUCUAUUUGCAGUAGAAAUUUAAUAACUUUAAAUAGCAUAUUCGAUGUACAUUUAGUCAAAGAACUUAUUAGUACAUGUACCAAGAAACGAGAUGGGUUUAAUAGGUACAUAGUUUGGUGCUGCCUAACUGUCAUUAUUUUAUUCGCCAUAGUUCUUCAAGGAGAAAUGACUAUUGGAUUUUUAUUUGCCAGUGCUAGGCUUGGCUGGGAUGUAAAUAUAUAUUCUAUUUAUGUAGCUGUUAAUAUAACAUUCACAACUUUUGGAGUAAUAUUUGGAGUAAAGAUUUUAACAACGUAUACAAGAAUUUCCGAAGAAACGGCUGCUAUACUGUCAGUAUUAUCAUCUUUAAGUAGAUCUCUAGUUCAAAGUUUAACAUGGAAAUCUUGGCAUAUGUAUUUAUCUGCAGCCGUAGGAGCAUUUAGCGGUGUCGCUAGUCCUAUGUUGCGUUCUAUUAUAUCUAAGUCAGUGCCUCCAGAAGAUACUGGUAAAAUAUUUUCUCUAUUAGUAUGUAUUGAAACAUUAACUCCACUUGUAGCAGCUUCCUUAUAUGGAUUGAUGUAUUCACACUUUAUGCCACCUGUAUACCCUGUGCCAGUCUGGCUGGUAUCUGUUGGAAUUUACAUAAUUGUAAUACUGGUGCUAAUAAAUAUACGAAUUAAAAAUAGAAGGUGUAAUAUUUUAAGGUACACGCCAUUGGUACAAGAUAGUGAGCUACUCUCAUAAACUCAU